AUGGCCGAAACGUACGAGGAGUACGAGGAGUCGCACCAUGUCACCAGAAAGUCCGUGACCACCUUCAAGAUCGAGGAAACGUCAUCAUCCACCACCACCAAAACCAUCACGACACCGGCCAAACUCUACGGCAAGGAUGUCGGCGCGUACGAUGAUAUCGAUGUGGACGAGCUGCUCGCCCAGCUGUCGCCGGAGGAGAUUAGCAUGCUCGCGAAGGAGGUCGACCCGGACGAUUCGUUUUUGCCGCCGAGCCAGCGUACCAACUACGAGUGUGAUAAGGAGCCAACCGGGCCGCUCGAUCGGAAGAAGCUGAUCGACCAUAUUAAUAAGCAAGCGCUGGAAACCCCGGACCGUCCGGAACUGGAACCAUUCGUGCCGGGUGUCGUGCGUGGUAAAAAGUGGAUACCACCACCACCGGCAGCGAAACUGCAGGCAGCCGACGAGCAGAUUGCAAUCGAUCUCGGCGACGAGUACGAGCAAGCGUUGACGGAUGCGACGCAGGAAGAAAUCAUCGAUCUGGCCGCCAUCCUCGGUUUUCACUCGAUGAUGAACCAGGACCAAUAUCACGCCUCACUGCUUAACAAGGGCCAGCCGGUCGGGCUCGGCUGGGAUGGCAUUACCAAGUCCGCCAUACCGAAAAUUUUCCCGGCCGAGGCACCGAACACGACCGAUCCGGAGGAUACGAUCCAGCGCAUCAAGAGCGACGACAGCAAGCUGGUGGAGGUGAAUCUGAACAACAUCAAGACCAUCUCGGACGAGCAGUUCGAUAAGCUGUUCGAGGCGCUCAAGUCUAACACACACCUGGAGGUGCUGUCGCUCACGAACGUGGGGCUGACGGAUCGUACCGCACUGAUGCUGGCCGGUGCCCUCGAACAGAACCACGCCCUGCGGGUGCUGAACGUCGAAACGAACUUUAUCAGCCCGCCCGUCAUUGUGACGCUGGUCAAGAGCCUGCUAACCCAGAUGACAAUCGAGGAGUUCCGUGCCUCGAACCAGCGAUCGCAAGUGUUCGGUAACAAGAUCGAGAUGGAGAUAACGGAGCUGGUCGAGAAGAAUACCACCCUGCUGCGGCUCGGUUUGCAUUUGGAGUUCAACGAUGCUCGGCAUCGGGUAGCCGCCCAUCUGCAGCGUAACAUUGACAGAAUUCGAGUCGAUAAGCGUGACGGACGCUCGUCCCGCGGCAGUUACUAUCGGCCGGUUCGCAUCGAGGAGGAACAGGAGCUCGCAAUGUCCGACGUGGAGGAGGAACCGGAGGUCGAGGUGCCGCCGGCGGACUAUGACGUGGAGGAAGAUCCCGACAAUGUGGUGAUCCGUCCGCCACCGUCCGACGACGAAGAUAUUAAGAAAAAAUCUCUCACAGCGGCUGCAGUUUAG